UUGGCCGUUCCGGAUCCGGCCACGGGGAAAGAAGCCCUUUGGCCACCACUGGACCGCCCUUGGUGGCCGAAGGCGCCCGAACCUGGCGGAGGGCCUCGGCCGGUAUGGCUUGGUCUAAUAAUUGAUGAAGUCGUGGCUUUGAGGAAGUGGAAAUAGCAAGGAGGAUCUAGUCACUGUGAUAGCAAAUAUUCCAGAUACAUUUUAUCCUCUGUAUUGCACAGUGAGCCAAAAAUCUGUUUAUAAUGGGUGCAGUAUUUAAGCCACUUGUUAAAUUAAUGUACUCUGAAACUGGUGAUAAUUGACUACAAAUAUCUGCAGCCCCGUAGUUAACUAGGAAACAGAUUUGAACUGUUGCCAUCCAUGCUGGUCAGCAGAGAAGGUUGAAAGCGUUCCAUGGCCCGGCACAGCAAUCUCCAGAAACAGGUGCUCAGCUUGUACCGAAAUUUCCUUCGGGCCAGCAAGAAUAAGCCAGGUUUCCUGCCUCAAAUACAGGCCGAGUUCAGGAGGAAUGCCCAGAUCUCCCGUACAGACAUCAUGUUCAUUGAAUACCUAAUCCGCCGUGGACAACGACAGCUGGAGCAACUUAGAGAUGUUCACACCAAACAGAUGGGUGCUUUCGUCAGAACAAAAUAGGAAGAGAGGUUACUUUGGAGUCUUCAUUUACAAAAAGUUUCCUCCUAAUUUUCUCAUCUGCAAUAAUUUUUCUUAGCUGCUGAUUUUUAGGACAGUAUAUGUGUUGGACUUAAUAAUGAACAGCAAACCAGAGUCAAUAUGGUUAUGUCUUGUAGAUAAAAGCAUACUUCAGAGAUCUGCUUCCAGGAGUACAGCUAAGGAACUAUUUUUCAGUUUAUUUUUCUUUUCAUAAGUGUAGUAAGAGUAAAUAUUUUCUAGAGGUUGCUAAGCUAUUUGAAGCUGACUUGAUAGAGUUUACUUGGAGGACUCCAGGAAUGCCCUUCCUGUCUGGGUGCUGAUAUGUUGCUCAUGUGACUUGACACUUCCACUCACUUUUUUAAAUAGUCUUUUUAAAAUUAUUAUUAUGACACUUCCACUAACUUUAAGUGCACUACGUGGAGAUUUAUUCUAAUCCAGCAAAUUUUCUAAGUCUGUUGUACCCUUGUCUCACUGAUUCUUUGACUGCAGGGCAACAGAUUGUUAAGAAUGGGUAAUGCUCUCCUCGGGUUUUUCCCCCCACACAGCUGGAGUUGUAAGGAGCAAAUUCAAAUACGCUGUGGCUCAUGUAAAUGAUUUAACACAUGGUAGCAGCAUCUAUGUUCCUAUCUAAAUGGUAGACAGGGCAGGGGGCUGCCAGGACUGGGACCACCAGCAGCAAGGGAGGUGGGCACUGCUGUUGUGGAUGUGAGGAUGGCCCGCACGCCCACUCAGACCAUGAACCUGCCAGCGGCCCCUCCCUCUCCCCCUCCUCCUCCUCUUCCUGCUUCAUAAGUGGCAUUGGAAGGAAGGUGCAUUGCUGCAAAAGCUGCAAACAGAAGAAUAACGUAGCAUAUCAAGAAGCCCCACAUCUCCCUUUCUUUCUUUUUUCCUCCAAUAAAACAGAAAAGGACCCAAUCUCAGUGCCUCUGGCUCCACCAGAGAUAAUGUAGAAUAAUUAGGAGGAAGAGCCCAAGUCAAAACCUCUGGGUUCUUGAGAAGGUCUGUUCUCUUCUUUGUGCUUGCUGGAUUCAUGGCUUCCCCCAGGAUCCCACUACUAGCCAUACUCUGCAAGAGCAAGUUGGUCUCACAACUGCCUCUAGGUUUUAGAGGACAAGAAUGUUCUUCUCCACCAUCCUCUUCUCGGAAACCUUCUUGGCAGCGUGCAGCAGAGGACGGCUUGAAUUUCUAAGGGCGUUCACCUGGUUCACAGGAGCCCCGAAAGGCGAUGGCCAACUGUAAUUCUCCUGUGUCCUCACCGCCACCCCUUUGAGUCUUAAAUUAAGGGAUCUUCCAAAAGAGCUGCCUGGCGUGCGAACGAUGGAUUACGGGAGUGGGUGCUCUUUUCUUGCCGUGGAAAUCACUGAACCCACAGAAGAGGAGUCCCGCCUGGUUGUUGUUGUUUAUAAGAGGUAUUGCAACUGGUUUUUAAUGUUUUCUGCUUUUAUUUCUGUUUUACGAGCUGUAGCCCACCGAGACUAGUGAUUUGGCGCUAAGGGGAGCGGGAUUCAAAUUGAAUAAAUAAAAAAAUAAAAUUCAUGUUUCUUAAUACAAUAUCCUAGUAAAGUGUGUUCAUUAAAAUAUGUUCAUCGCCGGCCGGUUUUACAUCUGAACUUGCAUGGGUAAUGGGUAAUGGUGAAUAUGCAAAAGGGUUGCCAAUAAAACCUGAAAAUUCUCACUCCCCCCCACCUGCAUUCUCUUUUGUGUGAGCGCGUUACUUUUUAGACUUCAGGAAACGGCUUUGGGACCAUGAGUUUCUUCUC